AUGAGUCAAAUAGCUGUUGACAUUGAAGGUAAUACAUUUCAUAAAAAGCCUCUGCAGAAAUUCACUCUUCCUAAAAAACAUAAAUCAAAUCUAGGGUUUUCUUUGUUGAUUCAAGGAGAAGGAGAAGAAGAAGAAGAAGUCAUAUUAGCAAUGUUGACAUUAUUCGAACUUCUUGAUCCUUAUCUCUUUUCAGCUAGUCAAUUUUGUUGCAGUUCUGUUGCUGUUUUCAUCCAGAUCCAGGGAUGUUUGAUUUGCUUGACACUUGCUCUUGGAUGGGCUUUGGCUGCUUAUGUCAGAAAGAGAGAAGUUAAGCGUAUGAGGCGUAGUUUUAAGGAUGGAAAUACCUUUGCAUUCCUUUGCCAUAAUAUCAAUGAACUCGAGCAUUCUUUUCAGAGCAAGUUACCAAGAGUGUCAGUUAUCAUGCCUCUAAAGGGGUUUGGAGAACACAAUCUACAGAAUUGGAGAAGCCAGAUCACUUCUCUUUAUGGUGGUCCCUUAGAAUUUCUGUUUGUGGUGGAAAGUACAGAAGAUCCUGCCUAUGAAGCUGUUUGUAUGCUGCUCGAAAAUUUUAAUGAUGAUAUCGAGACGCAUAUUGUUGUAGCUGGGUUGUCGACUACAUGCAGUCAAAAAAUUCACAAUCAGUUAGUUGGUGUCGAGAAAAUGCAUAAAGAUACCAAGUAUGUCUUGUUUCUGGAUGAUGAUGUUAGGCUACACCCUGGAUCCGUUGGAGCCCUCACUGCUGAGAUGGAAAAAAAUCCCGAUAUAUUUAUUCAAACUGGAUAUCCUCUUGAUUUGCCUUCUGGAACUUUUGGAAGCUAUUGCAUUUAUGAAUAUCAUAUGCCUUGCUCGAUGGGGUUUGCUACUGGUGGGAAAACCUUCUUUUUGUGGGGAGGAUGCAUGAUGAUGCAUGCAGAUGACUUCAGAAAGGACCUGUAUGGCGUAGUCACCGGACUCAGAGAUGGUGGAUACUCUGAUGAUAUGACUCUAGCAGCAAUUGCAGGUCAACAUAAGAGGCUCAUCACAUCACCUCCGGUUGCCGUCUUCCCCCACCCUCUUGCAAGUGAUCUUAGUUUCCCAAGGUAUUGGAAUUAUUUAAGGAAGCAGACAUUUGUACUUGAAUCGUACAUCAAUAGAGUCAACUGGAUCAUGAAUCGUGCUUUAUUUGCCGUUCACUUCUACUUAUCAUGGGGAUUUGUUGCACCAUACAUCAUGGCAAUGAUUCAUACAGCAGCAGCAUUACGAGUAUAUUUCAGAGGUUAUUCAUUUGAUGGAACCUCUGCCACUGGUGGGUUGGUACUUGUGGGUUGUUUAGCGAUAUCCACUUUGAUAGAACUUUUUUCAAUGUGGAACCUGACGAAGGUUGAGAUUCAGCUCUGCAACGAUUUGUCUCCAGAAGGACCUCCUGUUUCCCUUGGUUCUUAUAACUGGGUACUUAUCUUUCUUGCAAUGCUGGUAGACAACUUCUUGUACCCUAUAUCAGCAAUAAAAUCUCAUUUCGGUCAGUCUAUCAAUUGGUCUGGUGUUCGAUACCACUUGAGGAAUGGAAAAAUUAGCAAGAUUGACAGAAAGAAAGAAUCGGCAUUCAGGUAUUCAGAUUUGGCAGGAAAAUAUCUCUAUGGAUACAAAGGAGCUAAAAAUGCGUCAUUCAUCAGUUACUUGACAGGAGGUUUGGUACGACGGCACCAACGCAGGCAAUCCCAAGAUUAAACAAAGACGAUUGUGAAAAGAUAUAGUUCUGGUAAAUCAUAUCGUACAACACCUUUUUGUGAAUGUCUACACUAGGUUUACUUUUCCUUUGUUUCAUUCUUUCUAUUGAAUUUAUUUGAUUCUUAAUUUGAAUUUCCGAUACUUUUCCACUGCCCAAAUUCAUUGUAACAACACAGAUUAACUGUAAUUUAGACAAUCCAGUUGUUUAAAAAUUGUCAUGUAAGAUAAUUCUCAAUUAAAACCUUCUGUGCA